AGGAAAGCGAAGGCAAGAGAUCACAUGUGUUAUUCUCUGUAUGACUUUGACUCUUAUGGCUACUUGUCAGCUUGUUUUUCACUUCAGACUGGAUAAUUGGAUGGUUCCGUUCAUAGCUGCAGUUGGAGGAAUAUUAACAGCAGACUUCUUUUCUGGAUUAGUGCAUUGGGCAGCCGACUCAUGGGGAUCAGUUGAAAUACCUGUUUUUGGAAAGGCUUUCAUCAGACCGUUCAGGGAACACCACAUUGACCCUACAGCCAUCACCAGGCACGACGUCAUUGAAACCAAUGGUGAUAACUGCAUGUUGUCUCUCAUUGGCCUCGUCCCCCAGACCUACAUCCUUUACGCCAGUUCCACAGAGACCAUCCACCAACACUAUGCCUGGCAUUGCUACUGUCUCCUGUUAGCCAUCUUCGUUACACUCACAAAUCAGUUCCACAAGUGGUCUCACACCUACUUUGGUCUACCCGGAUGGGUCCAGCUCUUGCAGCGUUACCAUGUCAUCCUGCCAUGUCGUCAUCAUAGGAUCCACCACGUCGCCCCCCAUGAGACUUAUUUUUGCAUCACCACCGGCUGGCUCAACUACCCGAUGGAAGCUGUCGGUUUUUGGACUGGGCUAGAAUCUAUAAUCACCUCCUUAACUGGUGUCUCUCCUAGGUCGGAUGAUUUGAACUGGGCUAAGAAAUCUAAUUAAUCAUACAACAUGCAGAUUUUUCAUUUCCUUCUUUUCAAUAAAAUCUUGGAAAAUGUACUUUGUCAGGGAAUUAUUUGAAUCAGCAUGUGUUCUGUACAGUAUUUGAAUUGUAUUUUUUUUAACAGGAAAAUUUGUAAUUUAUAAUUGCAUCAAGAAUUUAAAUUAUCAAUAUAUUAAUCAUUAUGAUCAUUAUUAUUUCAGGAAAUGUGCAUGAACUACAUACAGUCAGUCCGCAAGCCCCUGUGUUAAUGAGCAAAUGAGCAAGAUUUAUCCAAGUCCUCUCGUGGCUGAAUUCAUGUCCCUGCAAAAUCUCGUGAAUUGUGAGACUUUCUUUCUCAAAGAAUUUAACCACUUUCUCCUUGAGUAAUAUUGAUUAUUUUUGUACCAUGGGCAGAGUAAAUGUUACCCUUUUAUAUUAGUCAUUUCUUUUGAAUGAAAUAUUUUGAUAAAUAAGUGAAUUUUUUACCUGAAAAGAUGCAUCAAACAGAAUUUUCUUCCUCUGUUUUCACUUGCAAAUUUUGCAAAAUUUUGUGUUUUAGGCACCAACAUUAUUUAUAUCAUCAGAAAGCUCAAACUCUAUACUUUCUUACAAUGCCACUCUUGAUAUGUGGCAUCUUUUAGAUGGGUCAGCAGCCAGUUAUAUCCAUCAAGAUGCAAGACGAGAUUUCUGAAAUUUCUGAGUAACAUAAAAUCCAGAGUUCUGAUUGGCUGAAUACUGUUUUCAAAACAAACAGGCGCGGGUAAUUUGAAGAGAUUACCACAUGGUGAGUGUGACCUUGCAGAGGCCCAGUGUGGGGAACAUUGGAAUUUGCGUGGGUGUGUGGUCUAUGACCAAUCAGAGCGCAGUAUUCUUGUUUUUGAGCUGCAAAAUGUACUUGGCCUAUGAAAAGCUGGCUGCUGACCCAUCUAAAAUACAUCUUCUUAUAAAAAUUAUAUCAUAUUAAAGCUUAGAUCUUCAGCUUUAGCAUGAUUUAAAAAUCAUUUGUGCCUAAACAGAAAUUAAGUGUGAAAACAACAACUUUUGCUGCAUGAAAAAAAAAUAUUUUGUUUCAUGUUUUAGAUCAAAAGUUUUUCCUAUAUUACAACAUUCUUUUAAAAAUCCAAACACAUGACCUAAAAGAAUUAUUCUUCUUCUUUACAAAGAUACCAAAAACAUGAAAUUUGGUCAAUAUUUAGAGCAGCAAUGGCCGAAUAAAAAGAGGUGUUUUGGUUCGCACCAAGCUCAUUAACUAUGCAAAAACCCUCUUGUCAUGAAUAUCACUUGGAUAAAAGAAGCUACUUUUUCAGGGCUUGCGGACUGACUGCAUACAUGUAGUCAUCAUUUGUAUGGAGUUAUUACGUGUGUUGAGGAAAGAAAACUUUUAUUCAUUUGAUAAUGUACGUGUAAAUUUGCAUUAAAAAUGAAAUAGAUGUUAUUUUUGCUAUUGCAAGGUGUUGUAUAUUGAUGUGUAAUAUGCUAGAACGUGUGGAAUACCAUAAUUUACAUGAUUUACAUUAACAACUGCUGUCCAAUACCCAUGUUACAUUGUAACCAAUUUAGGGAAAAACAAAACAUUCUUGUUAAAUGAGACAAAAUUGGUAUGCGUCUCACUGCAAGUAUUUCAAUAUUUCUUUCAAUUUUUGGGGGCCCAAGCAAGAUUUCAACAGAUGAGCCUACGUUAAUAAUAAUAGGCAUUUAUAUAGCACCAUCUAUCUAGAAAUAUUAUAUUCCGAGGUGCGUUGUUAUAAUUAUUAUUACCCCGGCUUUAGCUCGAGCUGCCUUUCAGCGCUCAUGCAUUCAAGGAAUUAAUCCUGCCGGGUACCCAUUCACCUCACCUGGGUCGAGUGCAGCACAAUGUGGAUAAAUUUCUUGCUGAAGGAAAUUACGCCAUGGCUGGGAUUCGAACCCACGACCCUCUGUUUCAUAGUCAGAAGACUUAUCCACUGGGCCACAACGCUCCACACGUUGAGGACAAAAUUUUGUAUAAAUUAUCGUAUAACUUUGUAAAGGUAAUACCUAACCAUCAUCUUGAGUUUGGUUUUAAAUUUUAAUGCAUGAGAAUGGCAGGACUAAGCCAGAUGCUCUUCCUGUGUCUCCAAGGUAUGUGGGUGGCAGGUCUUUUUAGUGAUCUAUCAAUUUGCUUUAAUUGUUAAUGGAUUAAGGCUGGGAAGCUAGACACAGCUAUGUACUGUAUUGUACUGCUCUUUGCUACUGAUGGUUCUAUCCAGUGGUGUGAGAUAGGCAUUUUGAUACAGCUACGAACACUAUUUCGGUCUGUGAAUCCAUUUAUUCAAUGGCAAAAGAUGGAUUUUCAGUGUGAUGAAAGUUGAAAGCCUUACAUGUUUUGUUACUUUCAUAUUUUGAGAAGUAUAAUGUAAAUUUCGAGUGUAUUCGUUUUUGUAUUUUAAAAGUGAUAUACAUGUUAUGUUCUUUUAUAGUGGAAACUUAAUAUUAGUAAUAUUAAUGGAUGUGUUCAUAUUUAAAGUCAAGAUAUUUCAACUACCUUGUAUUUGAAUUGAUUUUUAGUUUGGCAUAGGUCUGCACAAGAGAAUGAUAACUUUGAAGACCUGUAGAUGAUAUUGCCCUAGACGACAUAUCACUUCUCACGAUAGUGCAAACUUCCAACUUUUUAGGGUUCAGGGGCAAGGGUCAUAGCUGUCAAUCUAACACCCUUUUUCCCUUUCCUAAGUUUACUAUCUUUAUGUUAAAUGAAGCAGCAGAAAACGAGAUAUGAUUUGUACAUCAAUUACAUGUAUUUAAUACAAUAUGUGAAUAUUACUGCUGGUGAAAAUAAAAACAAAUUAGUUCUGAGUAGAAGGUUUUUUUUUUAAUUGUUUAAAUGCUUUUGUAAUAGGCCAGUUAGAAACAAACUAUUUUCAUCUUUCUUAACUCUGAAAGAUUGAUUUUUGAAAAUUGUAGUUCAUCAUGUGAAAACAACACAAGAUAUAAAAUGUACAUUACUGAUGAUAAUCCAUGAACUUAUUGCUUGUAGAAUUACGAAAACAAUAUUCAAGCUUCUCAUAGGCUAUGCUCAUUUUUCGACUUCCAAAGGUUUGUCAGUUCUCAGGUGGUCUUACAAUUUCGUCUUAGAUCAGAUUUGAUUUCCUUUAUAAGUCGAUUGAAGGAUCCUAAAAGCAUAAAUACAUAAAGGUGAUUAUCAAUACAGUUUCUUCGCUUACCCUUUGGUGUAAAAAUGUUUAUUUUAAUCAUAGGUGCAAUAUGUCUGUUUAUAUUAUAAUUUCAAUAUGAAUCGACCCAGUAGUGAUUACAAAGGUCUAUUGAUGCUUGCUAUGAGGACUAUGUAAUCAAGAAAUUUUUGUCAAUUCAAUUAAAGUUAGAUUUAGGACCCUCUAUCACAAGUCUUGUAAUCAAUCGGAAAUUCGCAAUUGAUAACUGGCGUGAUUCUUGCAUCAACAAAUAUUACCUUGCUUUACUUCAAGUCGACUUAUCACUUGUAAAUUUGCAACUGAAGUUGUAAUUAUUUUCUUGCAACACCCACUACAUGUAGAUGUAUGUCUUAUAUAUUUCGGCGAAUUUCUCUGCAGCCCUGUUUAUUUUUGUCAUUGAUAUGAUCGACACAAUGCAGGAUUAGCUUGUUUUAAACUCAUAUUGACUUGCUUGCAUUGUAUUGGUUUUACAGAGAUACCUUCAAACUAUAGAUAGAUACAUGUUCUCUGAGAACGAUGGCAGUUGAAACUGUAGAAAUUCACCUUGUGUAACUCGAUAACCUUUUCAGCAAUCUGUUCUGUUAAAGUAUGGAUUUAGUUUUUGUGUUUAAAGAUAUCUUGCUGUUUAUUAUUUUUUUGUAUCUUUAUGUUAAAAACAUUGUAAGAUAAGAUAAGGAUUUCAAAGAUUUAUUGACUUUACUGAUUUGAUUUGUUUUUGUAUUGUCUUGUUGGUUGAGGUUGUGUUUCCUAAAGUUCAUAAUGCUGAGAUAAGGAUUCCAUAUUUAUCUCUGUAUACAGUUUACAGUUAAUGUCGUGUUUCCACUGCCAGGUUUGGCAAUUAGAUCAUGUCAUUUUAAAUAUUCAAGCUCUAAAUUUGCUAUUUUUGUGAUAUCCUAAUAUGGGGAAAGUGAAAUUAUUUAAACCCCAGUGGAGUGUUUCAUAAUAGUAUUUGUCAUAUGUUUUAUCCCGUGAAAUCUGUUUUAUCCAACUGUAACCAUAGUAACAGACAGCUAAAUUUCUUAGCCAAUCUUAAUCCAGAAAAGUGAUGGACCAGACAACAUGUCAGAGAAAUGUUGAUGAAACACAUGUACAUGAUUUACUUAAAUAAAACGACUAUGAAUUAUUUGUAAGGUUUAACUUUAGCUUGGGUAUAACUUACCACUUUGAAUUUUGCUUUAUAGACAUGUCUUCUUCUUCAGCAUAAUUUUGUGAUCUAUCAUCCUUAUUCCUAAGAGUGAAGAUUCAAAAGCUUACAGGCUCACAGUCACACUAUGUAUGGUUCACAUAUGGUUCAGUAAGAUUCAGCAUCAAAUGCUUAUGCAGCUGAUUACAUGUGUUCAUGAAGUAGUAGAUUAUAAAGUAGAAAUUUGCAAUUAUGACGUCACAGUACUAGGUUGAAUCUCUUGGGAGAAAAUUCAACUCAAAACUGAUAGAUGAUGUGUUUUGCAUAUAAUGUUUUGAAGUGCUGCUUGAGCCUGCUUCAGUUGUUGCUAUUAUUUCACGAUUGGAAUUACUCCAAACUGGGUGGUAUUUCAUAAAGCUGUCUUUGUGCGUUAAGCUACGCAUGACUACGCAUAACUGGAACAUGUUCUUAGGUGCUCAGUCAGUUACAUGUGAUAUAUCAUUUAGCCUAAGAUAGGGUCACCAGUCAUGUGUAAACAACUGCAGUCGUCCCAAGAUUAAUUGUCAAAGUACAUGUACAUGUGCGUCUUAGAUAUAUUCUAACUAAUUGAACGAAAUAAAUACAAGUGUGAUGAUUAUUGAUGCAUUGUGAUUUACGCGUAGAUGACGACAGAAAGGUCCGAAAAUAUGCAUUAUCGCACUUCAUGAUAUAUUAUCUUUAAUGCAUGACUGAUCAGUCACAAUUUGCAACUAGGUGAAAAACAAGGCUAUUAUUAUCUCUUCCAUAUGAAAUCAAUUAACUGUGUAUAAUGACAGCCAGGUUAGAAGUUUUUUGACUUCAGCAUCUUCUCCUUUUACUGCGUUUUAUAUGUAUAGUGUUCAAAUAAUUCCUGUAUACACUGUAUAUGUCGUACAUGUACAUUGUAAGCAAGCAGUGAGUGUGAAAUAGGUAGGUGUGUCUGAAUUAUUUUCAUUUUGGUAAUAUGUCAUGGUUUACUUAUAGGGAUAUCAGAAAAAAUUACAGGACAUUAUUAUAAAAACUAAAUUCUAAAUCACUUACAUUUGCAGGUGUACAUGUUAGAGUUCAAGAAUUAUGUCUGUGAAUCUUCACGAAAUUACAUAUGAUGUCAAUUUUGUUAACUUUGUAUACCAAGUGAUGGCUGUCACUUUUUAAUGGAAAGAGGUAUAAUUAUCUCUGUGGUGUCAUUAUUUAUUAUGAUAGAUUUAUAGCAAAGCACAGGGUGCAUCUAUAUUGAUUGUAAAUGUACCGUUUGUGUUACAUUGUGCAAAGCACUUAAGUGGCCGGGGGAUACUGGACGUCUUGUAAAUAAAGACUGAUCAAUCAUAGCAA